GCUUAAACAUAAUUAAAAUUUAAUUAUUUAACUUAUUAUUAAGUUUUGCGUUCGCUUGUGUUGGGCUUGUUAUUGUAACUGUGCUCGCGCGCCCGCUAUUGCUCAUGCUCGCCUCAUGAGCAUCGAAAUCGCGUUUGCCACAAUCGAAGGAAAAGUGCGGCUCUGAGGUGCAAUUAUGUUUCCAUAUUAAUUAGCGCGCUCCAUGUCUAGCUCCAAUUGUCAGCCGAAUUUUGUUGGGCAACUGUUUGUGGCGAGUGAGACCCAUGUGAAAUGCCUUAUGAAAAAUUCAACAAAAAGCGCCGACAAUGGGAGGAUAGUGGAGUAUUAGAGCUAAUUAAACUAUGGAAAGUUUGCGCCUAUGAAUUGCGCACAAUCAAACGAAAUGGACACCUUUAUGUGGCUAUGGCAAAGCAAUUGACGGGUCUUGGCGUACCCGUUACCGCGCUGGAAGUACACUUUAAGGUGAAUAAUCUUACACAGCGUUAUAGACAAGAGCAGAAGACAUUCGAGACAACGGGCAUCAUUAGCACGUGGAAAUUCUACAGCCAAGUGGAUGAUGUGUUUAAGAGUUUGGCUGCUCACACGGGUUACAAAGAUAAACGCAUGACGAGCACCUCGAAUGCCAGCAGCUUACCAUCUACAUCCGAGUCACCAGUUUGGAAAAAUCCAAUGUCUCAGCAAGAGUUCAACAGCAACAACACGGAGGGGUUCUACAAAACGGAGUACGGCAUGCAUCGCCACUUUAUGGACCACUCCCAGCCGCCACCCAAUGCCGGCAAUGUGGACAAUUUUAUGGCCUCGUCGGCGGCGGUGGCAGCUGUUGCGGCCGCUGCUUCGGCACGCCUCGCCGACAGCAACAUGGAGCAACAAAUGCAGAAUGCGGCUGGCGCCAGUGGUGCCGGUCCCGGCGGUAAUACCAAUGGCGGUGUGCCCAACUACAAUAAAAUCAAAAAAUCCCACGAAGACUAUGACAAAUUUGUGGACAUUGUCAAAAACAUUGUUGACACACACAAAAGCACGCCCGACAAGGUGGACGCGUUCGCUGAUUUUAUUAAAUCCUAUAUGAGACGCUGGCCGGAGCGGCUGCAGGACGAGGCCAUCAAUCACAUGACAAACUAUGUGGUCGUCAAGAAUAUGGAGCACAGCAUGGGCAGUGUACCCGGCGGUAGUCUGCACAAUCCCGAUGGCGUCAAUAAUCGGCAAUAACAAUACAAGCAGGAGCCCAACAACUAAACGCAGGCCGCUUAGGAAUGGAGCGCAGCCGGCGGGAGUUGUUGGACGGCCGCCGUGGCGGUCGUAGUUGGCAGCUCCACGAAACCAAGACCAGGGCGGGGGCGACGCAAUCAAAACGGCGGCCAGAAUUUACUUAAACAAAUAUGGCGCGCAGUUACUUAAAACAAAAUAAAACAGGAAUUAUAUAUCUGCAAACUGAGAGAUCGGUCAGUUUUGCUUAGAUCAUAUUGUAAACGAUUUCAUGCAGUAUUUUUUGUAUAGUUAAAAUAUAUACAAUAAAGUUUUUAGUUUUAUGUCAGAGUA